AAUGGUCACUCUAAAUUUCUGAUUGUCAGCCAAGCCAAAACAGUUAAAAUUUCAUCUUUAAAAACUUGAUAAAAUCAGCCUCGCAUUGAAGGGAUUGUAAAGUGCGUUUGUUCCGUAAUACUUGUCCGUCUGUAUACGGUGUAUUGUGGCCCCACAGUUGACCCAACUGAUCCGAACACUUUGGCGAAGUCACCAGCGGGUGCUUCUGCAGCAACAACUAGUGCGCAGUGCGACAAGCGGCAGCCAACCGGCGGAAAAGCGUAAUUUACUUCGGAGCACCCCAAGCUCGUUGAAUUUAGCGGAAGACCCGGCUAAUUGUGAUCACAGCAUGAGCGGCAGAUACCGUGGCGGUGCUGGCCGGUAUGGUGGCGGCGGUGGAGGAGGUGGCUAUGGCGGCGGUGGAGGUGGCGGCGGCGGCGGCUACAAUGACUUUGACAACUUUCGUGGUGGCGGUGGCCCGCCGCCAUUCAACGACAACUUUGGUCCAGGUCCAGGACCAAAUCCGUUCAACAUGAGCGGUCCCAAUAUUUCGGGCAAUGACUUGAUGCAGCUGAUGAGCGCCAUGGCCAGCAACUUCAACAUGAACUCUCAGCCCCAGCAGCCACUGCGCCUGAGUUGCGGCGAGCUGCGAAACCAUCAUUGCGGUCUCUUUGUGGAGCUGACCGGCCGGCUGAUCAAGAAGCGAGUCAACCGCUUUGCCGAGCUCCGUGAUCGCAACGGCGGAGCCUGCCAGCUGGUCGUGUUGGAGGACAAGCAUCCACGUGUGGCCCGACGCAUGAACAAUAUGCCGGAGAACACGAAUCUGACCAUUGUGGGUCAGGUGAUGCGUCGCCCUCACAACUCGUGCAACCAGACCAUGCCCACGGGUGAAAUUGAGGUCGAGGUGCAGGAUAUUCUGAAUAUUCACUUCCCGACUACCGGUACCAAGCGGGCCGGGGACAAGCGCACGUACAGCACCAUGGUGCAGCAGCAGAACCAUCACGGAAUCACCAGUACCGAGUACAAGCUAGCCAAGAAUGAGAACAUCUUGAAGUACUUCGAGAACCGCGAUAUAACGUGCAACGAUUUGCGACGGGACGAUGUGGGCAAGACUGUGACUCUAGUGGGCUGGAUUCCCUCUUCAAAGAAUAACAAGUUCUUGCAGCUCAAGGAUGGCUAUGGCCAGACGCAGCUUAUGAUUGAGGAUAAGUCGCUUAUGGACACUUUUAUGUCCACUCCGGAACAAACCUUGCUCCAAAUCACUGGUAAAGUGCUUAGCCGGCCUAAGGCCAAUAUUAAUUUGAAAUACGAUACUGGUGAAAUAGAGGUUAGUGUGACGAACGUUAAGAUUAUCAACCCCGACGAUCCCUAUGAUGGCCCGAUUAAGGCCAAGGAGAAGCAGCAGAAGCUUUCGAUUAAUGAUCUAGAGGGGGAGGACAGCACCUCUGCCUCCGAGAAUGUUGCCACCAACAAUGGCAACAUCAAGGAGGAGGGGGGCACUGAUGCUGAAGCCGAGCACCGUGGCAAGGUGGCGGACAUCAAUAAGUUUGCCGACAGGACUCACCAUUGCGGUGAACUGACGUCCAGUGAAAUCAACGAAAAGGUGGUGAUCUGCGGCUGGCUGGAGUUCCAGCGGAUGAACAAGUUCUUCAUCCUGCGCGAUGCCUAUGGACAAACCCAGGUCCUAUUGUCGACGAAAACGAAAGGAUUGGAGGACUAUGCCGAGACGGGUGUGCCAAUUGAGUCGAUUGUGCGAGUGGAGGGUGUCGUGAUCCCCCGGCCAGCAGCCACCAUCAAUCCCAAGAUGCAGACCGGCCAUGUUGAGGUGGACGCCGAUAAGGUUACCAUCUUGAAUCCGGCCAAAAAGAAUCUCCCCUUCGAGAUUCGCAAAUUCAAUCGGGCCGGCGAGCGCUUGAGGCUCACUCAUCGCUACUUGGAUCUCCGUUUCAAUGACAUGCAGCACAAUCUCCGCCUCCGCUCGACGGUCAUCAUGAAAAUGCGCGAGUAUUUAAUAAACUACUUGGGUUUCGUCGAGGUGGAGACCCCAACGCUGUUCAGACGCACCCCGGGCGGCGCUCAGGAGUUUGUGGUGCCCACUAGGAAAGCCGGGCACUUCUAUUCGCUGGUCCAGAGCCCGCAGCAAUUCAAGCAGAUGUUGAUGUCCGGCGGCAUCGACCGAUACUUCCAGGUGGCUCGCUGCUACCGCGAUGAAGCCACGCGUCCCGAUCGCCAACCCGAAUUCACUCAGUUGGAUGUCGAGUUGUCGUUCACCAACCGUGAUGAUAUCAUGCAACUGAUCGAGGAGGUUCUUCGCUACUCCUGGCCAAAGGACUUGCCCCGUUUGCAGACCCCAUUCCGUCGCAUCACAUACGAGGAGGCAAUGGAGAAGUACGGCGUCGACAAGCCAGACACUCGAUUCGGUUUCCUCCUCAACAACGUAACAGACAUUGUCGAAAAAAGCGAAGACUUUAAACCAAAGUUCGACGAUCUCGGCGCUUACGCCAUCGUGGUGCGAGGUAGUGAUGCCUUCUGGAACGGAACGGCCCGGAAGCACUACGAAAGCUUGGGCAAGACCUUCAAGGGAACCCUGUUUGUGCGGAAGAUUGCCUCAACCAAGGAUGUGCAGGAAAAGCUUGCAAAGUUUCUGGGCGAAGAUGUGGCCAAGGAGGUCACUGAAAAAUUCGAUCUCGAGGAGAAUGAUCUGCUCUUCUUAGGAAUUGGUCCCAAGGUGGAGACUCGCGCUUUGUUGGGUCGCAUCCGCCUGGACUACCGCGACUUUUUGUUCGAGAACGGCCGGACAAAGAAGCAAAACGAGUUCCGCUUCUUGUGGAUUAUUGAUUUCCCGUUGUUUGAGCGCAAUCCGGAGACCAAGCAGCUGGAGAGCGUCCAUCAUCCGUUCACUCUGCCGCACGCCGAUGACUUGGAAAACUUUGCCACCAGUUGCGAGAAUAUGGAGAACAUUCGUUCUCAGGCCUAUGACUUGGUUCUGAACGGCCAGGAGGUUGGAGGCGGCUCGAUCCGCAUCCACGAUCGCGAUAUGCAGCACUUCAUUUUGGAGCAAAUUCUCAAGAUCCCCCACGAUCACCUGUCGCAUCUUUUGAGUGCAUUGGAGUCGGGCUGCCCGCCUCACGGUGGUAUCGCUUUGGGAUUGGAUCGUUUGAUCGCCAUUUUGUGCCGUGCGCGAUCGAUUCGCGACGUUAUUGCAUUCCCCAAGUCUCUGAACGGCAGGGAUCCUCUCUCCAACGCCCCAGUUCCCAUCUCGGAUGAGGAGAUGAAGAUGUACCACCUUGCCGUGGCAGAGGAAGCAGAGGAGGAAGCCAACAGUACUUCACACGAACAGGAGGAUGACGAUCCUGACCAGGAGCGUGCCCCGCCGUCCCCCAUGUCGGGUACCAGCGAUACGGAGCAGCCCGAGAUGGACGUGGAUGUUAAGGCGGAAGCCGAAAAAGCGACUACCCCCGCGGAAGUGGAAGAGGAAGUGCCCCCUCCCGCCGAGCCCGUUCCAGCUCCAGCUCCAGCUCCGGCAGCCACGCCAGCAAGGGCCAAGAGAAUCCCCAAGAAGAAGGUCUAAGCACUAGGGACUUCAAUCACAAAAUUACGGAUUAGCAUUUUUUUGGUUUAAGCUCAGUAGUCAGGGCAGUAGGAUGGGGCACGGGCUCGGACAGCAGCCGGGUCGAUUUCAACGAAAAGCUAUACAAAAAAUUGUAUACAAAAAUAUCCGAGAAC